AUGCCUCCAGAACUAGUACGCGCCCCGUCGCAAGGAAGCGCGGUCUCACAGUCCACCCAGCACAUGGGCCCUCAUAGCCGUCCAGGGACAGCAGAUCCCUUACGAUCUCGAUCGGAGACCAUUUCACGGGCCGGUCAUCGUGCUAGAUCCAGGGGCUCGACUGCCAGUAUCCAUUCGAGCACCACCCAGCAGACCCAGGACCAACAUGUCGAUGCAUUCCCACAAUUCAUACCCUCCCAGGUCGCCAGUGCCCAGAACAUGUUUGGAAACAACCCGGAAGAUAUGAUCAUGCGUUUUGGUCCUCAAUUCACUCACCAGGGCCAUGGCGCGCCAUUGGAUCAAAGCAUGCGAGAGGCACAUUCGGUUAUGUCUCGCCCGGACGAUUUCCAAACCCAUGCUAUGCACGGCCACACGCUCUCUCAUCAUUCGUUACCCCCGGACAUGGCACCAAAUGGUAUUCCUGGAGUUUCAGUGCCCCAAUAUCAGCCAAUCUACGACAGCGGUAUCGAAAACCACAUGCCUGAGCAGGCCAUCGAGGAUCAGGAAAUGCCCGACCAAGGUGGAAAAAAGAAAAGGGGGUCAAGUUCAACGCUGGCAAAUGAUAAUGAACUUCGUAAAUUGCUUCGCCAGUAUGAGGGUUAUUCUCUGAAACAGAUGGCUGCCGAAGUCAUGAAACAUGAAGGUGCUGGUGGUAAGGCAGAAAAAGUGAAGCAGGUAUUUGCUAUGAUCUGGCUGCGAGAAAACUGUCGAAAGAGUAGUGGCUCAGUCAGACGAGACCGUGUUUAUUGUUGUUACGCCGAGCUGUGUGGAACAGAGCGUGUGUCGGUGUUAAAUCCAGCGUCCUUUGGUAAACUGGUACGAAUAAUCUUUCCGAACGUUCAAACUCGACGCCUUGGAGUUCGUGGAGAAUCAAAGUAUCAUUAUGUGGAUCUGUCGGUCAUCGAGGAGAAGCAGCAAAAACCCCAAUCAGUCAACACUCAGGUGGCACCUAGACAGCAGACACCAUUGGCUGCUCCAGAAAGGCCGGCAAGCUCCAUGCGUUCGCGCAGUAUUAGUAUCCCUCAGCCUACCGCAGAUUCGGCUCUCUUCCCCUCUCCCACAGCUUCUUUUGCUCCUCGAUUCCCCGCCAAUUCCCCCGAGAACGAUUGCCGUUGCCCUUCGAAUUCUCAACCUGUCCAAUCAAACCCAGACGCCAUGAUCACUUCUGCCAAUAUCUCCCAGCAAGCUGGCAGGAUGAUUCAUCAAAUGCUUCAUUUCCCCACUGAUGAGGCUCCGAUUGAUAACGAUACACUCACGCUUCCUGAUAUUACUGGCUACCUGCCCGCGAACACCGACCUGAAGGUUGCAGUUGCUCUUGCAGCUCUGUACAGAACCCACUGCAUUUCGGUCAUCGACAGCUUCCGAUUCUGCAAGGAGCGAAACCUGCUCAAGUACUUCUCUGCUUUUCAUGGAACGUUGACCGUUCCCCUCCAAAAACUUUUGACUCAUCCCAAUCUUGCUCCCUGGAUCAAGGAAUGCGACUGGUUGAUGUAUCAGAAAAUGAUCCCUUUUGUUGCUCCCCUCACCACACAAGUUGUUCCCAAGGCUGUAUUGGAUGCCUUCCGAUCCAUCUCUAUGCGCCUUUGCGCCCACAUCACCGAAACCUUUAAGACACAACCAGCACAUGUGUCUAUGGCGCGAUUGAUUCCGGCACACAUAUUUUGCAACCUUUUGAAGCACAUGCUUGACGUGAAUCAGGCUGCUAAUGCCACUGCUGCCUGGCUCUGCCAUCAGGACAACCGAAGCCAGAUGUGGGCUGACUUCAAGUCCCUUGUGGACCCAGAACAAAUGAUCUCCAAGUCCAACAUUCCUCCUUGCGCAGCCCCGGCUACUCUGCAAAUUCUUAAGCACGAUAUCCGCGCACUGCUCACUCCUCUCUCUGAUGAUGACCAUACCAAUACCCUGCCUUUCUAUCGCAAGGCGGAUUCCCCUAUGGACAUAGAAGCACACCCUUUACCCGUGGAGACCUCAUCCGGUGAGGAAUACAAUUUCCCAGACAAGUGGCUUCAGUUCAUCUUGAAUGUUCCCGCUGUUUUCGCCGGUCACCCUGCCCAAUGUGUAAUUGAGAAGGUUGACGCCAUGUGGGAAAAUGUUUUGCAUCGUUUGACACUGGGUGGAGCUGCUAGCUUUAGUGCUUGGUGGAUGACCAAGGUCUUCUUCCACGAAAUGAUGCUCUGGCAGGCGGAGAAGGGUGGCUUCAUGCGUAGCACCCCAAACUCCCUGCAAAGCCUUACUUUUGGCUCUGAACAGCUGGGUAUGAGUUCUUUCCACCUUAAGCAGAACGGCGGGUCCGAUCACACCUCUUUUAAUGCAAACACCGGUAACACCAACAACAACCGACCCCAGUCCAAUGGAGCGAGUCCAGCUAUCUCACAGGGCCCAAAUGGUGAUGCGAACACCGAGACCAAACAUGUCCCCAACCACAAGGACUUAACCCUCGCCGACUCGGGGUUUCAGGCUACCAACAAUGACGACAGUGCAAUUGAUCUCGAAGAUGAUCCCAUGAUGAUUGCUGUGGGUAAAUAUGGUGAUAUGAUGGCUUCUGACCCAGCGGAUGCCGAGGGCGAUGUGGUUGUCAUCUAA